AUGAACACAGUGAAAGUAGUCGUUAAAAACGUACCUGAUUACGGAGCAUCAAGAGAAAGGAAUGAUCUUGGUUUCCUAACUUUCGAUCUGAAGACUGAUCUUUCUCAUCUAUUCAACUGGAACGUGAAGCAACUGUUCCUGUACCUUACGGCUGAGUACAUCACACCUAACAAUGAGUUAAACCAAGUGGUACUUUGGGACAAAAUUAUUCUUAGAGGAGAAAAUGCUCUCUUAGACUUCAAAAACAUGAACACAAAAUACUAUUUCUGGGAUGAUGGCAAUGGCUUGAAGGGCCACCACAAUGUCACAUUAACCUUAUCAUGGAAUAUCAUUCCUAAUGCAGGUUUGUUGCCAAAUAUUCAAGCUCUCGGCCAGCACUCCUUUAAGUUCCCCACAGACUACACUCAAACGAGGGUAUGA